AUGACGGACAGGCAAACAGCGUACUCGAUCAGCAUCUUCGGCAGCCAGGCGGGUGAUGAGCGUCAGGAUGGCACCUCCCCAUCGCGUGUCCAGCAGCAGCUGGUUGACUUUAUCAUGGACUUUCACCUCGACAAUGUUUUCCUCUACCGAGACCAAAUCCGCGAAAAUGUGCUUGUGAAGCAGUACUACUGUGAUAUCGACAUCGCUCACCUGAUCUCUUAUGAUGAAGAGCUCGCACACAAGCUUCAGCAGGAUCCUGCCGAAAUCUUACCUCUGUUCGAAGCAGCACUCAAGACAUGCACGCAACGUAUUGUUUACCCUUCGCAAAGAAACAUCAAGCUUCCUGAGCACCAGCUCCUGCUUCACUCGUCUGCCUCGGAGCUCUCUAUCCGCGACCUCACAGCGAACAACGUCUCCCAUCUCGUCCGCAUACCUGGCAUCAUCAUCGGCGCCUCCACACUCUCGUCAAAGUCUACAGCACUCGCGAUUCGAUGUCGAAAUUGUCAGCAUGAAGAGAUGAUCCCCGUAUCUGGCGGUUUCGCAGGCAUUUCGCUCCCACGAACAUGUGCUCGAAAGGCAGGCGAGGGCGACGACAAAUGCCCCUUGGAUCCAUACUACGUCAUGCACGAGCGGUGCCAAUUCAUUGACCAGCAAGUGCUCAAGUUGCAAGAGGCUCCUGAUCAGGUACCUGUUGGAGAGCUACCUCGACACAUUAUGAUAUCUGCGGAUCGUUACCUCGCCAACAGAGUGGUUCCUGGUACACGAUGCACAAUCAUGGGCAUUUUUUCGAUAUAUCAGCAAAAGGGGUCGAAGAAAUCGUCUAGCGCCGCGGUCGCCAUUCGCAAUCCAUACAUUCGAGCAGUUGGCAUUCACGCAGACGUGGACCAUACGAACAAGGGCAAUGCUGUAUUUACAGAAGAGGAGGAACAGGAGUUCCUUGAGAUGAGCAGAAGGCCAGACAUCUACUCAGUCUUUGCUAAGUGCAUUGCACCGUCCAUCUAUGGCAACGAGGACAUCAAAAAGGCCAUCGCGUGUCUGUUGAUGGGCGGAUCUAAGAAGAUCUUGCCUGAUGGCAUGAAGCUUCGUGGAGAUAUCAACGUCCUUCUCCUCGGUGACCCAGGUACGGCCAAAUCUCAACUACUGAAAUUCGUCGAGAAAGUGUCACCAAUUGCCAUCUAUACAUCCGGAAAGGGUUCGUCUGCGGCUGGUCUCACAGCGUCUGUACAACGUGACCAUACAACACGAGAAUUCUACCUCGAAGGUGGCGCCAUGGUCCUAGCCGAUGGUGGUGUUGUGUGCAUCGAUGAGUUCGACAAGAUGAGGGAUGAGGACCGAGUAGCUAUUCACGAAGCCAUGGAGCAACAAACCAUCUCUAUUGCCAAAGCCGGUAUCACAACAAUUCUGAACUCGCGAACAUCGGUACUGGCAGCAGCCAAUCCUAUCUUUGGACGUUAUGACGACAUGAAGACACCUGGUGAGAACAUCGACUUCCAGACCACCAUCUUGUCACGUUUCGACAUGAUCUUCAUCGUUCGAGAUGAGCACGAUCGUGGUCGUGACGAGAGGAUCGCGAAGCACGUCAUGGGUAUUGCGAUGGGCGGUCGAGGCGUCGAAGAAACCGCUCAAGCCGAGAUCCCCAUCGAGAAAAUGAAGCGCUACAUCACAUACUGCAGGCAGAGGUGUGCCCCGCGUCUCUCACCUGAAGCAGCCGAGAAGCUGAGUUCCCAUUUCGUGAGCAUCAGGCGGCAAGUUCAUGCUUCUGAGAUAAAUGCAAACCAACGAAGCAGUAUACCCAUCACUGUGCGCCAACUGGAAGCUAUCAUUCGUAUUACAGAAUCGCUAGCCAAACUCUCCUUGUCACCUAUCGCCGAUGAGACGCAUGUGGACGAGGCCAUUCGUCUCUUCCUUGCCUCGACCAUGGAUGCGGUUACACAGGGUGAAGGUCAGAGCUCGAAAGAGCUUAUGGACGAAACGAACAGGGUCGAGGAAGAGUUGAGGAGACGCAUGCCGAUUGGUUGGCAAGUCAAUCUCUCUUCGCUCAAGCGAGAAUUUGUUGAUGGCAAAGGAUACUCGGAGCAGGCUCUUGCGCGAGCGCUACACGUUAUGGCAGCGAGAGAGACCAUCAGAAUGCGACACGGUGGAAGCGUUGUUUUCAGAGCAGGCGCUUGA